GUCAAUGGCAGGGUUGGGGAGAGAGGUAGUGGAGUCUGGCUGCUCUGACCUGACCUGACCCGCGGUGAGUGACCUGACCUGCCACCCCACCACCCCCAGGGCACACUCAUGGCCCUCUGUCACAUGUAUCAAGUGUUGUGUGAGGAGAGUGCCGCGGGGGUGGCUGGAACCUCGCUCAUAUGAGCGGGGGCUUGAGGUCAUGUAAGGCUACAGUAUUGACUCAUUCAGCAUUCCUUAGGUUGCUGGACGAGUCGCCCCAUAUCCAGCUCACCUCUCAUCAUCAUAACCAAACUUAUUCUGGACUUAUUAGAUGUCAAUAGAGCCCAUAUGACUCGAGGCACACCAUAGUAAAUCAAGAUGGAUGAUCCUAAUACUGACGCUCAGAAAUUGGGCAGUGAACACAGGUCCUCAUCAUUAGAUCACCUGGUGUUACAGGAGGGACUCGAGACUAGAACACAAUGUGAAACUACUAACUCAACCCAUUUUGAUAACAAUGAAAUUUUGGUUCUUGAGGAUAAUAGUUCUGUUCAAGAAAGUGUGGAUGUUUGUAUUAAUUUAUCAGCUUCUACUGAAAAUGAAGCUGUUGAAGGUCCUCAGUCGAAUAGUUCAUGUACCGCAGAAAAUUUAAGUUUACUAGAAUUGGAAGAAGCGGACGGGUCUUUUGAGGCAGUUAGACAGGACGAGGAAAGAAUAUUCGACAGGGAAUCACAAACAGUUUUCAUUAGUAAUAUUUUACAUGAUGAGAGUGUUGUGGAAUUUACUCUGGAAAAUUGCCAAGAUAAAGAUAUUGAAGAAAAUAAAUAUUGUUUACAAGAAAAAUCAGAAUCCUUAAGUUCUAAUUUAGAAAUAACCAUGAACAAAAUAAGCAGACCCAGUUCUUCAGACAGUGACAAAACAUCAAAUGCGUGUUCUCAGCCAGUUCAUGGGGAUCCCAAAAAUUCUAGUUAUCUUCCUACUGAAAUUGAAAGCCUCUUGACAUCAUCACAUGCGUGUAGUCCCGAUUCCGACUUUGAGGUCAGCCAAGUGGAUUUCACUUCUGCUCCAAAAGAAAAUCUUAUGAAAAUGUUAUCGUGCUUGUUGGACGAGUGUGAUACCUUAAAGAGAGAAAAAGCAAGGUUAGAGAGUGAGGUAGACCGCCUUGAGGCGGACCAGUCAUCCCAGGUAUAUACAACGCAGAUAGAAUCUCUGGAGAAAGCUCUUGCGCAAGCACAAGCAGAUGCAUGUAGUUGGCAGCAAAAGCUUCACCAAGCGGAGGAAAGCUACAUGACCGAAAAUAUCAAGAUUCGCUCUGACCUUACAGCCCGCCUUGAGCGCAUGACCAAGGAGUACGAGGCAGCAAACAAGGAUAAGGAGUCAAUGGUUAUAAAAUAUGCAACAUCAGAGAGGGAGGUAAUUGUGGCUAAGAAACAGAAGGAAGCAAUAGAGAAGAAGAUGAAAGAAAUGGAGAAAGAAAGAGAGCAACUUCUCAGUAAAAAUAAGAUGCUCAUAUCUGAGCGAGCACGGAUCUGCCAAACUCUGGACACUAAGGUUCAGAAGAAUAACUGGUAUCAGCGUGAGGUAGAGAGGCUAAAGGAAGAAAUCAACAGCAGAGAUAUUAAAAUAAAGUGGGCACAGACUAAGUUAAAGACAGAGAUGGAUGCACAUCAGGAAUCACAAGGCAAGCUGGACAGAGCACUAACCAAAAUCACCAAACACGAAGAGGAGCUGAAGACCAUUAAAGAGGAGGCCGAGAGUAUUGUCCGCAACACCAGAGACAGCGAGAACUCCAGGGCAAAUAUUCUAGAUAUGCAGCUAAAGGAAGAAAAAGCUCGUCUCAUCAUGGAACGACAGGCCAGUGAAAGCCGAGGGUCAGCCUUCAACAAGGUGUCAGCAGAGCUGGAGGCGUUGAAGCUUAAGCACACGACUCUAGGGGAGGAAGCUACAUCCCUGAGAAAAAGAGUGGCAACUUAUGAAGCUGAACGAGAUGAGACCGAGAAACUGUUCACUAGUUUGCGCUUAGAAGUAACAGCUUCACGCCAGGAAGCGGCAGACCUCGGCCACCAGCUGUCUAACUCGGCACACCUGCAGCAACAGCUGAAGAGAGAGCGUGAGCAGCUAGCUGCAGCCAACCAGGAAAUUGAUCGGUUACAGUCGACAAACAAUGAAAUAGAGAGCGAGUUACUAUCUUGCCGCCACAAGGAAGCUGAGCUUCUGGCUUUCACGCAGAAACUGACCGACAAAAAUGUACAAAUUCAGAGUCAGUUCUCUGUGCUUCAGUCAAAGACACAAUUGAUGGAACUUGAGCAUGGAGAGAUCAAAUCAGAAUUGGAUGAGCUAAAGGUGCAGAAGUCCAAAUUAAAAUCAGACUUGACGAAAGAAAAUCAAGCCCAUCUUUCUCAGUUUGAGAAUCUUAAACGGCAGCUAGCAGAAAAGACAGAACACGUCAAGCAGUUGACAACAAAAACUAUGGAACUUGAGAACGAGAUUCAAGUGCUCAAUAAAAAACAUAAAAAUUCUUUAAGAGACAUUACACGGGAGAUGCAGAAACUAAGGAAGCGCCUAGACAACCAAGAGAAUGGCACCAACGGAGGAAACGGAGGUAGUGCCGGGGUCAUGUUGAGUGGCCACUCGUCUCAGUCAGCAACACCACACGACUCCCUGUCUCAAGGCUCUCGAGCGUCCUCAAACACUUCCCUCAAUACUAUAGAAUACCAAAGUACCAAUGGCAGUAGUCCAAAUUCACAGGAACUUGUACCUCUUCAUGACCCUCUGGUGACACAGCAGCUACUGGUUGAUCGAAUAAUCAAACUCCAGAAAUCUGCUGCACGGCGCUCUGACAAAAUUGAGUUCUUAGAAGAGCAUGUUGCUCACCUGGUCUCGGAACUAAAGAAGAAGUCUCGUAUCAUCCAUCAUUAUGUUAUGAGAGAAGAGACUGGGGCUCUUGCUAACUCAGCUUCAGAUUCUUCCAAGUCUUCCAAUGCAAACAUUGGAAAAGCAAGACGAAAGAGCCAGGCAGAGUUGAUGCGUCACGGAGGCAUCAUGGCCUCUGUGUAUGGCUCGGCACCCCGUGAUGGAACGAUGACCUUGGAACUAUCAUUGGAGAUUAAUAGGAAGUUACAGGCUGUUCUAGAAGACACCUUAUUAAAGAAUAUUACCCUGAAGGAGAACCUUAACACUUUAGGAGAUGAAAUUGCCAAGAUAUCUUGCCAAAAUCAACACCUGGAUUCUCCCAAGUGACGUGUGGAAGCUCUCAACGAAGUGUCAUUUUCAGUGAUGAGAGGAACGUGGGCUUUUCUUCCCCCAUAUUGCAUUUCUGUGCAAAUUCAUACAAAAAUAUCCUCUGAUAUUAAAUCCAUAGACAACAGGACCAUUAAUUAGAAUUGACACUACAAGUUAACUAGUGCAUUUUGUGGGAUUAUUAUCAGGCAUUAUUGUUUACUUUUGCUAAGAUUUUUUAGUCAUUACUGUACACUGCUGUAAAUCAAAUGUAUUAUUACACUGGAAAAUAUAUAUUUUUAACAUAUUGGUAAGGAUCCCAAAAUUCUAAAUGUUGUAGUAUUCAUUCGUUAUCUCAAGAGUCUUUAGGUAUUGGCUUGAAGCUUUCAAGACAUGUAUGGUUGUGCAAGAUUAAUGUCUUGUGUUACUGAAGAAUGUUGCCCUCUGGGGGAAGAUUUCAAAGUCAUUUUAGCAAGUUGUUGACCUGCCUUUUACCCCACCUUUUCCUCUUACACAUUACAAAUUUAAUUCUUUCUGUAUUCUUACAAAUGAGACUACUGGAGCAAAGUUGCUACUCACAUUCUCUAAUGCCAUGGAUACUGUAUGAGCUUAGUUAUCCGAAGCCCGCUGAACCAAAUAUUUCGGUUAUCCUGCCAAAAUUGCAUCUGAAUAAUUUUCUAGCAAAUCUUUGCCAUAUCCCGACAGAAAUCCAAAUAACUAGAGAUUUGGGCAGGUAAUGCAGACUGGCACAGUGUCCAAGUCAAGCCCGGAUAAUUUUCUGGCAAAACUGCACCAUUUCCAAGUAGAAAUCCAGAUAACCGAAGAUUAGGUUACUUAAAUUUUCAUGAACUACACAUUGAUGAUUGAUGAAGAUUAAGCCACCCAAUAGGUGGCACGUGCAUGAAUAGCCCGUAAGUGGUGGCCCUUUGGAGCCAUUACCAGUAUCAUUUAGCUGAUACUGGAGAUCUGUGGAGGUGCAACUGCACCCUACCUCUGAACUACACAUGUUAACAUUUACAGUAUCAAACAAGAUGAUGAACCAUAGCAAGGUAGGCUGAAAUUAUUGUUUUAAAUUAUAUCUUUGAUACUGUAUAUAUAUAGUGUGUGUGGAAAUCCAAAUUAUUUUGGUUUUGGUACAAAAAUUUUAGAAUAUGGUGAUAUGUGAACUUCCCCUCUUAGAAUUCUGCUUAUAUGGAUGUCUAACUUAUCUGGUCCUUCUCUUAUCUGGAGGGGUCCUUCCCAUGUGAUCUGGAUAAGUGAGCUUAGACAGUUCUUCCGUUAGUCUCCUACGCAAACUAUCCCCUCAGAAUUGAAGAUGAUACCAUAGCAGUGUGUGAAGCACUAAUACAACUCCCUCCCUCAAUAGGAAGAAAAACCUGGGUUGUGUUAUAUGAGCUGCGACUCGUAUAACUGGCUCAAGUGAACAGAUAAUUAGGGAAAAAAUUAAUAUAUACCAUUCCUUAAGCGUAUGUUUUCUUGCUGGUGCAAAGUAACGGGAAUAGUUUUGGAAUAUUUCUAAUAUAUGUACCUGUAUAAAAAAAAUUAAUGCAAAAUAUGUGGAAUUUAUGAUAUAACAUGUUUCACGUGUUUUUAAGUGGGUACAGUCUCUUUUAAGUAAUGUUAAAGGUAUUAUCCUCUCAUUAUGUUAAUUCUGCAACUUUACUGUUUAGUUAUUGCUUCCAUCCUAAAUCUCCUUGGGUUCUUGAAUCCAACACAAUCCUUGCUAUUACAAAUUCUCUUCAUCUAUAAUGGUUGAGUUUGAAAGAUUCUUACCGGCUAAAACGUUCAACAUUCCCUUCUCUUUUCUCGUUUUGGGGAAAUGAAAUGAAGGGGGGGAGAGAUAAUUUAGGCACUGCUGGAUACCUUCUAGUUGCUCAUCAAUAAUGUGUUUGGUUGGGUAUCAGUAUUAUAGAUUUUGAUUCUCCUGUAUCCAUGCAUUGACUCUCAGUGAUCUUAUAGUUGCAAAUUUCUAGAUAAGAUGCAAGGUGUGAUGAGCAUUCUGAUUACUUUCAUUGCUAUCAUAGCUUUCAGAACAUGAUACUGUACCUCAAAUCAUCCAGUAUCGUUUUUCGUCUUUUAUUCAGGAGUACAUAUCAUGCAUUUUUGGUUAGUUGACCAGUCAUUUUAAUGUAACAACUGUUUACAACUGAUUUGACUCUGGUCACCAAAGUGUCGUAAUUUACAUUCAACUGGGGCCUGACAGCCGAGUGGACAGCGCUUGGGGUUCAUGGUCCUAAGGUUCCGGGUUCGAUCCCCGGUGGAGGCGGAAACAAAUGGGCAGAGUUUCUUUCAUAUUGAUGAUCCUGUUCACCUAGCA